GCUCCGCGAGAACCGGGCACGUAUAUCAAAUCCAACAGCGUUUGUCGACGAUCAGCGAUUGUUGUAGACUAUUAUCGGCUGUUGACGAACAGCUAUAAUAGCCUAUAAUAAUUAUCGUCCAUCAUUGACCAUUGUCCAAAAUCCCGUUGACAGAUAAUGGAGCGUUACAACGAUUACAGAAACAGAAUGAUGAGAAGAUCGGUCAGGCAAUAUUUUCACUUCGUCUACUAUAAUCCGCGCUUGAUUUGCAGGAUUAUGUCUUCGGUGAACGGGGUAUUUUUUAUGGCACUUAGUAUGAUUUUGGUAUACAACAUAUUGUGCGACACAUAUUUCAAACAGCAAUCGUCUUCUACUUCCAAGCCUAGUAAAGAUGAAGUAAAUUAUGAUUUGGAUUUACAAUUACCAGUCGGGUUGGUGUAUAAAAAUGAACGUAAGGUGAUCACUAAAUCAUUGUUCAAUUUGAUUUUUACUCUUAUGAUGCUUCUUGUCAACAUUCGUCUUCUAUAUGCAACGUACAAAAGAAAUCUUUAUAGUAUUUCCAUUUGGUUGUUUGUACAUACAACGCAUAUGUUAUAUUCAUUGUCCGUCAAUUUGUGGGUCGGAGCAUCCAAGGGUUAUAAUUCACUUAUAUAUCUUGCUAUGUUCAAUACUUUGAUUUAUUUUCUGUUCAUAUCGCUGGUGGCAUUGUUUUGGAUGGAAGAGCGCUGCAUCAAUCACAUGCCAAGAUGCAUAAAUGAUAAAGCGGCUACAAGUCAGGAACGCAAGGCUUAAGGCUUGGUCAUAAUAUAAAUAUGACCAAAUCUAAACUCUUUAGUCAAUUUAGAAUACAAUAUUACUUAUAUUAUAAAUAUAAGUAAGAUAUUAUAUAGGUACCUUUAUUAUUUAAACAUAAAAUGAGAGGUACCAUUGUCCAUUAUACAAACAUUCAUACACUAGAUAUCUAACAAUUAGAUUCCAAAAUUAAUAUAAAACGUUUCUGAAAGUUCUUUGACGUUGUUACAUUAACAUUCAUCAAUGUACAUAUCGAAAAUUUCCAAGCGUCAUAGAUCAGGCUAAUACAAAAUUACUUUCAAGGCAAUUUUUUUAAAAAGCAAGAAAAUCGUUUCUAAUUUAUCAAAAGUAAAAAAAAAUGUUCAAUACAUUUUGAGUUAUAAGCAUAAAAAAAGUUAUCAGAGUUCAGUUACCGAAGAAUAUACGAAUUAUCAACCUAAUUCUAUAAAAUAUGUUUUAACAAAUAAAAUGCAAUGAUUAAACACAAUAUGGAAAUCGAUAAUUUUAUUUAUGAAUAUAUUUCUUCCACUAACUGAAAAUUAAUUAACAAAUAUCUUAUACAGUCAUAAAUCAAAAUUGUAGCUGAUACUCCUUAAAAAUCGGUAAUUGUGAUAUUAAAUUAUAUGUUGUUCAUAAGUUAUUCACGGCGAUUUCGUAAUCAAUUAAAUUAUCAAUAUAUUUAAAUCCCUGUUUAGCUGUUAGUAAAAACAAAUCAGUUGUUCUAUAUUGGUUUGUAUGGUGAUUAUAAAAUAUAUAAGUACUAUACAUAUAUAGGAGAUUAUAAACAAUUUAGGUACUUCAUCGCUCUGAGUACAAAUUCACUUAAAUAUUUUGAAAAGCACUUGUAGGUACCAGUGAACCAUUAAAUUUAAAUCCAACCUAAUGGUGAUACGUUCCAAGUUAAAUUAUAUUGAUUUUACUAAACAAAUAAAAUACAAUAGUUAAACACUUAAUGAAUCGACAGAAGAUUUUAUUUGUAAAUAUAUUUCUUCGGCAAAAUUCCUUUUAAAUAAACUUCUCAAAAUUAAUAAUCUUAUUUCUUAUACAAUCACAGAAAUAGUGGAAACUCCUAUUCUUAAAGUAUUUUUAAGGUCUACAAAUAAAAUUUAAAAAUUAUCACAUGCAUUGACCAUUAAUUGUUGGGUAUUUACCUAAUAAAUUACCUAUCUCAUAGUCAUAAGAGUUUUUUUUGUUGGAACCUAUUUGAAUUAUAUCUGAAAAAUAACUAUUAUUAAAUGUUCCAUAACUUUGUAAGCCUUACCUUUUUUCACCCUCGUAUCUAAAUAAUUAAGACUGAAUGUCUAUAAAUGGGCGCCCGGGAAUUGGGCCGCAAUUAACCUUUUUUAAAAAAGGUAGGUAUACGGUAAUUGGACCACUACAGUUUUAUAUUUAUAACAGGUAGACCUGGUGAUUAUGCCACUAUUUUCAGAUGUAGGUAGAACUGCCUUGUAAUGGAUUUUAUAAUUGAUAGAUGUCACAGAACAAUAUUUUAACAACAUUUUCUGAUUUUGUUUUUGACACUUAUAUUUGUGACGAUGAUAUUUACCCCCCACCCCUCCGCGUAUUUUUAUGUAUUAGAAAAAAAACAAUAAUUAGUUAAUAAAUAUUCGUGUAUUUUCAUCAGACACAUUUAUGGCGCAAUUUCGAGGUACACUUUAAAAAUAUAGAUUUCAUUUGUGGCCAAUCUCCGAGUAGUUAAAUGUAAAUAAAUAUUUUAUAUAAAACAGCUAGAUAAAAUGUGGCCCAAUAAUCGACCGCCCGUCUGAAUAAUGUACCUGUUGCGAUUGAACCUACUAGUUGUCUCGUAUAAAAACAAAAUGUUCAACUAAUUUAAAUGCCACCAUAUUAACUAAUCGUUAAAAUUAUUUAAUAAACUACCUCAUUGAUCAUUAAAUAUACGUCUUUGCAAUUUUUUAAAAAUAUCGGCCACAGAGCUACAAAUAGUUAUUGAUAUUUAAAUAAAUUAAAAUUUUACGUAAUACCUACCUGUAUAAAAUAUUUAAGUAAGCUUUAUACACAGGUAUCAAAUUUUAAUGAACACUGAUAAAAUUAUAAAAACGAUUAUAUCAGAACAAAUCCGUAAUUUAGGAAUACAUGAAUUCGGCGUGUAAUUGUUUUUAACUUCAACAUCAUAAAUUCAAAUGGCUAGGUAGGUAUCUAAUAUAGCCUUUACACUUCUAAAAAUCGACAUAAUAUAUAUUCCGCAUCAAAGACUUUAAAGUUAGCACGGACCAACUCAAAAAUUCAACCCAUCGUUAGACUAUGUUAUAUUGGUGAAUCGUCCGUAUAACAAUUUUAAUCAUACAUUUAUAAAAAUUGAACGUGACUGGUACAUUUUUAAUGUGCCUCACAUAAUAAUAUAAUAAUUUUUGUGGACAACUGAUUGAACUGUACAACGACUGUUUAUUUAACUGAUCAAAUUUAGAAUGCCUGCAGCUCUAAGUACCUUUGAUAUUUAUGUGAUAUUAUGUUAUAUUUUUGUGUUACUUUUUUUUUGUUUACCUAUUUAUAUAUUAAUAGUUGUUCAAUGCUAU